AUGGAGGCGCAAAGUAGUUUACAGCCAUGCAGUAUUCAAGAACACGGCCGGAAAAUCAAGAAUCGUGAUAUUGUACUGGAUCUAAGCCUCUCCGGCAAAGAUAAUUCAGACCAGAUUUCGAAGGCGCCGGAGCUGGAGCUGAUCAGCCUCUUCCACGCAAACCCAGAUCAAAUUCCGGCGAAGGAGUCGCCGGAGAAUCGAGUCUUCUCCUGCAACUACUGCAACCGGAAGUUCUACAGCUCGCAGGCUUUAGGCGGCCAUCAGAACGCCCACAAGCGGGAGAGAACAAUCGCGAGGAAGGGGCAGAGAAUCGGCGGCGCCGGCCACCAUGAUGCGGCGGCGGCGGCGCACCACCGGUACUCGAGCAUGGCUUCUCUCCCGUUGCAUGGGUCAUUCAACGGCAGGGCGGCGCUUGGGAUUCAGGUUCACUCCAUGAUACAUAAGCAGCCGCCGAGUUUUAGUGGCGGCGGCGGCGGCGGUGGUGGUGGUGGAAUGAUGCUGCCUAGUUUAUACCGGCAGGCGGCGGUGGGGCGGCUGGUGGUGGAGAAUCAGAAUCAUCAGGUUGGGCCGUCGGCGGCGGCGAGUGGCGGGGCAGCUAGGUUUGACGGUGGGUGGAGAUUUUCGGCGGCGGUGGAUGGGGUUGGUGGUGGUGGUGGUGGUGGAUUCAGAUGGGAUGCUGUUAAAAAGAGUAGUGGUAAAUCUGAAGAUUUGAAGAAGUUGGAUUUGUCUCUCAAACUCUAA